CCUUAAUGGAAUUGUUGCGUGUAAGAUCUCUGCAUCGUCAUCUUCCAGAGGGAUUCAAAGCUUGAGAAGGAAGACAAGUUUGGACAUCUCUGAAAAAUCCGAAAUCACAACAAUCGCGAAAUUGGGAUAACAAGACUGGGGGAGCUGCAAUCUUGCGCUGAGAGAAGCUAUGUCUAGGUCUCUCCUUCACCGUCUUACGCCCUUUAUCUCUGCACGGAUUCGAUACAAUCAGAGACUUCUUACCUCUGCUCUCGAUAAAGCUCCAUCCGGAGCUCAAGACGCCUUACACAUGACGGAUGAUUGCAUUCGAAGAAUGAAAGAACUGCAAGCAUCUACAGAGGAUAAAAUGCUUCGGUUGAGUGUAGAAACUGGUGGAUGUUCUGGGUUUCAAUAUGUAUUUUUGUUCGAUGACAAAACAAAUCCAGAUGACAGAGUUUUUGAGAAGGAUGGUGUUAAGCUGGUGGUCGAUAAAAUUUCAUACGACUUUGUCAAAGGUGCAACUGUUGAUUAUGUCGAAGAGCUUAUUCGGUCUGCUUUCCUGGUAACUUCAAAUCCAAGUGCAGUGGGUGGUUGUAGUUGUAAAAGCUCUUUUAUGGUGAAAUAGAACCUCUUGCAGGUUGAUGAAAGCUAAAUCAUAUUCAUCCUUUUUGAUAAUUUAUUGAGUUUUGAAUGUCCAAAUUGUAUCUUCUCGUUAUCUAUCACAAGAACUCUCAGUCUACUACUAAUUGUAAUUCAUGCAAUUCUGCUGGCUAUAUUGUACCUCCUCUGCUUCCAUCAUUAGGCCCAUUCUACUUGGGUUCUUGCAUUGGAGAACAUGGAACCAUAUCUGGUACUGUAAUUUUGUAAUGUUAAUUUAUUGACAGCGAGUUUUGAGGUA